UAAUUUAAAAGUCCAGUUGUCUGGUUCAACAGGGCAUUUCCCACCACCUUCAUCUUCUUCUUCUCGCUCACAUAUCUUACAUAUACACAUACUACAAUCUUUUCUAAAUUACAUUUAGCUUUUGAUUUGUUAAGUCUCUUGAAGCUCGGAAUUCUAAACGCUAUUAAAAUGAAGAAAGUGGUACUAAAAUUGAAUUUACAUGCUGAGAAGGCUAAUUGCUUCAAUUUUCGAAAAAAUUAUGAGAAGGCUAAUUGCUUCAAUUUUCGAAAAAAUGAUGAGACGGCUGAGCAAAAGGCCAUGAAAGCAGUUUCUAGCCUUGCAGGGAUUGACUCCAUUUCUAUGGACAAGAACGAGAAGAAACUAACAGUAAUCGGCACCGUUGAUCCAGUUGCAGUGGUCAACAAGUUACGAAAAUCAUGGCGCACAGAUGUAAUCUCUAUCGGAGAACCCGACAAGAAGAAGGAGGAGCCUAAAAAAGGAAGCGGCAAGAAGGAGGAGCCUAAAAAAGAUGAAUUCAAGGCCAUUCCUUACCCGGUCUACUUUGUCUCAAUUGCAGAAGAGUAUCCAAAUGCUUCUAUCUGUGCGAUUUUAUAAUAAUGAGAACAGAGAGUUAAAAGGGGUGGGUGUGUGUGUGUUUUUAUAAAUCCUAGUACCCAUUUGAGA